AUGCUGUGGCAUCCUAAUGGUUACGAGCCUCGAGCAAAGGCUACAGAAGAAGAAACCUACGCUAACAAAGACAGGAAGGAUGUUCCGGAUAAGUUUAAAUUUGAUACCGUAACGAAAACUGGAAUGGUCAAGCUUCGUGUUUUCAAAGACGACCUAAUAUUCAAAUCGCAACGUCUAUAA